AUGUACGCAUUCCCUUGGUGCUUGAUUCAGAUGGGUCUCAUCCUGAGUUAUAGGUGUUUUGGAGCUGCCGCAGCAAAGGACCGACUUGAUGUUGUUAUCCGAGAUGCCAUAAACUCUGGAGACAUUCCAGGUCCCCGAUACCUAGCCAAUGCAAGAGAAAUCGCGAAACCAGAAGGCGAUCUGGUAGCCUCCAUUACCAGAUUUGCCGAGGGCCCCGAGGAGAUGCAACAGGUUGUUCGCUCAAAUAUCCAGUGCAUUGGGGUUGAUAACGUCAAAAUCAGCAUGUCAGGCGAAGAGAUAACAGGCAACCGCGCGGCAGAAGAUUGCUACUUCACCGCUGCAGAAACGGCUGCGUGCGUCGAGGAAGCUCAUCGCCAUGGCAAGAGAUAA